CUGGAGAUUUUUCAGAUGAGACUGGAUGUGGCACUUAGUGCCAUAGUCUGGUAACCAUGGCAGUGUGGGAUCAGGGGUCAAACUUGAUGAUUUCGGAGGUCUUUCCCAACCCAAGCUGCUUCUAUGAUUCUAUGACUCUACGUUAUCCCUCUUCCCCUGCCUCCAGAGGCCACCACCAUGCCCAGAUCAUGGAACCAGCCCCCCUGUGACAUCAGCCUCAGGCUGAGGGCACUGCCAGCAACUCCAGUGCUGCAGGCACCUUGUUGGCAGCUGUGCUGGAAGAGACAGGCCCUCACUCCUUGCAGCUGACUUGUGUCGCUGGCAGCGAUGAUUCUGCUGCGCCUGCUCAUCUUGCUGGCCCUGUGUGGGGCCGCCGACGGCACAUCGAACACGUGCGGACAGGUCUGCGGGCUCCGGCCUGUGCCCUACAGCACGACGCGCAUCGUGGGUGGCGUAAAUGUCCCACCAGGAAAAGGGGCCUGGGCCGGGAUAGUCAGCAUCCAGAGUCUUCGGACAAAAAAAUUUUUUAGGCAUAACUGUGGAGGGACCAUCAUCAGACCACAGUGGGUCCUCUCAGCUGCCCACUGCUUCAUCAACCGCACAAAUCCCCUCAGCAAGUGGGGCGUGCUGGCCGGGCUCACAACAACUGCUGACUCAGGGCCUGAGGUACAAAUACGCCGGAUUAAGCAGGUGAAGAUACACGAGCAAUACGAUGGCCUUAUGCGUCAUGACAUUGCCCUGGUGGAAUUGACGAAGCCCUUUGAGUGCAACCCCUCCGUUCAGCUCGCUUGUCUACCUGGUCCCACAGUGAAAGUGUCAGCUCUGAACUGCUAUGUUGCUGGCUGGGGUGCCACUGAGGCUAAAACUGUAGCACAAGCAAGUGUCCUGAAGGAGGCCAAGGUGCUCCUCAUCGACACCCAGCUCUGCAACAGCACCGACUGGUAUGGAGGGAGGAUCCAAGACGACAAUGUGUGUGCUGGGCAACCAGAGGGUGGCAUGAACACCUGCCAGGGUGACAGCGGGGGGCCUCUCAUCUGCAAAGAUAGCACAGCUGACAUCUUCUGGGAAGUUGGUCUGACCAGCUGGGCAGUAGGUUGUGCCAGACCCAAAAAGCCUACAGUUUUUGUCUCCACUCAAUACUACCACAGCUGGAUCAUGAAACACAUUGGCCAGAGCUCAGCUAUUCCAGCGCCAGUGCAAUCCUGUCCGUUUCCACGUACGAAGCUGCUGCAAUUCUUUGAUCUGCUGCAGGAGCUCUUGAAGUUCCUAAAGGCAAAACCGGCUUGAGCAGCAGGAUGGACAGGCUGUGGCACAGGCUGUAGUGAGCCAUAACCAUGUCCUUCUGGGACAAUGCCUGCUGAUCCAAAGGCAGCCUCAGUACCAAAGGCCUCCUCUGUCCUGCCCACGCUCCUCCUCUGCAUGCACACAAAUGCUGAUGUGGACUUAGUUGUUGUUGAAAUAAAGUUGCCUGUUUUCACCAUUAA